CCUGCAACAUCAGCCGUCAAAUUGGUUCCGGCAUUGUCCACAGACUUGAGAAACCUCUAAAGUUCGGUGCUGCGUGAAGUUUUUAUGGUCCCAUCAGAGCUUCACGUCUCUACCCAGAAAGGGUUAGAAACACCCAAAAUUCACCUGAAACAAAAUCGAAUCUAUAGCAUCUUCUACAGAGCAAUACAUGGAUCAGGUAUGUCGACCUCAAUGUAGAACUUGAACAUUUUGCUAAACCAGAUAUGUUCACUCAACAUUCUUCUGGACGUUCUCAAAGAUCACGUCGAGCUUCAGGGGAGAAAAACACAGAUGAUCCAACAACGAACAAGUCCUCCACACAAUGCACGGUUAUGUGUAUGUAUCAAACCAAAAUUGCUGGUUUGUGUCGAAUUGUUACUGUUUUAUGGUGCAAAAACCUCAUCAGCGUUUCUGUAAACAUCUCAGUAGAAAAUCCUGGCGAUGAAAAUCCAUACAAUUGCAAAAUUGACCUAAAGCCAUGGGUUUUCUGGAGCAAGAAAGGGUUUAAAUCCUUCACGGUUGGUGGAAAACGAGUGGAUGUCUACUGGGAUUUCCGUUCUGCAAAAUUCUCACUUAGCCCUGAACCAAUUGGAGACUAUUAUGUCGCUUUGGUCUCUGAUGAGGAAGUGGUGUUGUUGUUAGGAGAAUGUAAGAACGAAGCUUAUAAGAGAACCAAAUCGAAACCAUCAUCGAUAGAAGCUGUAUUAAUGUGCAAGAAGGAGAAUGUUUUAGGUAAGAAAUGCUUUUGCACAAGAGCUAAGUUUGAUGAGAAGGAAAAAGAUUAUGAUAUUGUUGUGGAGAACUCCAUUUCUGGGCCUAGAGAACCCGAAAUGUGGAUUAGCAUAGAUGGGAUAGUAUUGAUACAUGUGAAAAACCUGCAAUGGAAAUUCAGGGGAAACCAGACUGUGUUAGUGAAAAAGACCCCAGUACAGGUCUUCUGGGAUGUCCAUGAUUGGUUGUUUAGUAGCAAUGGUUUAGGACAUGGCAUAUUCUUAUUCAAACCAGGUGCACAAGAAUAUGUAUCAGACCUAGAAAAAGAAGGUAGUAGCCGCAGCUGUGAUGGUGAUGGUGAUGGUGAUGGCGAUGGCGAAAGCAACAGGAGUGGGAAAUUCUCGACGCAGAGUCGUUCGACGUCGCCGGAUUUUUGCCUCUACCUAUAUGCAUGGAAGCUUGGAUGAGACAGGAUUGGUUAUUGGUUGGACAAUUUGAGAGUUUGGCCUGGGCAAGAAAGGAGUAACUUUUGCUAGCCCUUUUGAUUUUGAAGGUUAGUAUGAAGAUCAUCAUCAACAAAGUUUAUACUUUGAGAGGCCUGAAACAUUAAUGUCUUGUUUUGAUCCAAAAAAGAAAGGAAUAUUCUUGUAAAUCAGUUAGUUUUAUUAUUGUGUAACUACUAAUUGAGAUUUUUUGAUGAGGUUCAUCUAUGCAUUAUGGAUGAUUUCAUCUGUACCGUGUAAGCUGUAACCUCACAAAACCUCUUC